GAACCACGCCGUGAACUCGCAGUAGAGUCGAAAGCGCCCUGGCGCCGCGCUUGCCGCUUUGUUGUGGGAGUUGUGCCAGGCGACGGCGCUGUGCUGUGCCGCCCGAUGAUGCUUGUGUCGUCGACGCCGAGCGAGAUUUGAACAAGGAGGCGCGUUCGUCGUGUUGUGGAAGUGUUCUUGUUCCGCGUUGUUGAACGCCGCCGGCGGUGUUACAUCGUCAUGGAUUUGAAACACGGAUUGACGACGCCGCCGAUCAUCGCGUGCUGCUCCGCCGCCUCCUGGCGCCUGUCGCUGCUGCUGGCUGUGCUGUCCUGGUGUGUCCUUGGCGGUGUCCUGUGCCAGGACAGCUUCUACUUCAGCCCCCAGCCGGCCGACGUGCGCGUGCGCAAGGGAGAGAGCGCCACGCUGCGCUGCGGCGUCUCCAACGGCGACCGGGUCGCCUUCCACUGGACGCUGGACGGCGAGCCGGUGCGCAACACGACCCGACGCUUCCAGCAGGGGUCCGACCUGAGGCUCACCCGAGUCGAUCCCAGCCUCGACAUGGGCGAGUUCCGGUGCAUCGCCACGAACGUCACGUCCGGCUUCUCGCUCGCGUCGCAGGGAGCACAGCUCAACAUACUCUGGAUCGGCGACCACGUGAGCGUGGAGCUGCACAGCCCGUCUUCACCCGACCAGCUGGCGGUGGGCGGCGAGCUGUCCUUGCGCUGUCGCGCCGAAGGAGUGCCCGAGCCUCAGCUCGAGUGGUUCCACAACGGGGUGCGCCUCUUCCGUAGCGAGAGGGUCACCUUCCGGGGACGACGCUUCCACCUGGCCGCCCUGACGCCUUCCGACAACGGCGUCUACACGUGCGCCGCUUCCUCCGAGGCCGGCAUGGUGCGAAGCCGCCGAGGGUUCGCCCUCACGCUGGCCGGCGAGAACGUGCCCCGGAUCAGCACGCUACCUAGCGACGUGACCGUGAAGCGCGGAGACGUUGCUCGGCUUGAUUGCGUCUACGAACGGGCCGCGAUCACGGAGUGGUACGCCCUGGACGGCGACGUUCCCCUCGGCAACACCACCAAGACAACGAUACUGGGCAACUCCUCGCUGCUGGUGCAGAAUGUCCAGAGCUCAGACGAGGGGCUCUACCGCUGUGUCGGCGUGGGCCAGGACAAGAACGCCGCGCAGCAGUCCUUCGUUGCAAGGAUAAGUCUCGCAUACCUCGAGGACUUCAAGCACGGGUCAGUCGAGCCCCCGUUGCCAGAGGACCGCACCGUGGUGGCCGCAAAGGGGGGCCAGCUGGAGCUGCUCUGCGUGGUUCCAGAGGGCCAGCCACGGCCGAGGGCCUGGUGGGAGGACCCCUCGGGUCAUACCAUUGGCGACACUGGCCGCGUGAGGGUGUCGGGCAUGCGGCUGCUCAUCGACUCGGCCAAGAAGGGCGACGCCGGCAACUACACCUGCGUCGCACAGAACAUGGCUAACACGCGACGCACCAGUGUCACACUCUUCAUAGCCGUUGCACCGUCAUUGUCUUCUCACCCACUUGACCUAACGGUGGACGAAGGUGAGGAGACCACUCUGACGUGUUCCUACUCGGGCUCCCCACCUCCGGUCACACGGGUCACGUGGCAGCACGACGACAGGCCGCUGCGACCCGCUGGCAACGGAGGCUCGGGAAGUACAGACCCAAUCACUGCAGCUGUGAACGGCAAUGGUGGGCCAGGUCACCUGACUACUUACCCUAACGGGACACUGCAAAUCCGCAAUGUGGGCCUGAGUGAUGCCGGCGACUACUUCUGCAGUGUCAACACCACAGGUUUCCCUGUACAGACAGCAAAAGUUGCUACUUUGCAAGUCAGGGAGCGGCUGAAGUUUGUGCCGGCUCCCGUGAGCCGCAACCUGGAGCUGGGCUCCAACGCCAAGGUGUACUGCCGCGCACGGGGCAGCCCAUCGCCCAUCGUGCGCUGGAUCAAGGAGCAGGAGGGUGGCCGACAGCCGCUGUCGCUCGAGUGGCCGCCGCACAUCCGUGACGAGAACGGCACACUGCGAUUCCAAGGGGUGCGCGCCCAGGACGCCGGUCGUUACACCUGCGUCGCCACCAGCACCCAGGGACUCAUCAACGCCACCGUGCGCCUCGACGUCAUCAUGAUGCCCCGUUUCACAGUUCAGCCGUCCACGACACGAGCGGUGGAGGGUUACAGCGUCAUGCUACACUGCAAGGCAACGGGCGACCCGUCACCCACCAUCCAGUGGGAUCGCAACAACGUGCUCAACAACUUCGACCCGCAGCGCUACCGCGUCCUCGACAACGGCUCCCUCUACAUCUCCGAAGUGCACCGCGACGACGACGGCAAGUACGGCUGCACGGCCGGCAACAGCGGGGGCCUGCGGCGUGUCGAGGCCAGCCUCGUCGUGCUAGACUCCGAGGGCUACUCAUCGGGCAGCCUGCCGGGUGUGGGUGGCCCCGGCGAGAACACAAUGGCCAAGACGGUGACCAUCACGCUGGGAGCGGCCGCCAUCUACAUGGCGCUCGUCAUGGGACUCAUGAUCUGGUGCCGGUGCCGCAGGGCCCGCAGGAAGGCCAUGCUGUUGCUGCAGGUCUCCUCCGAAGUGGCCAAGCCUGACGAUGACAUUGCACCGAUGGAGAUGCAUGACAAGACAGCCCCCAUGACAGCAUCGGCGCGCGACUCGCUCAUUGCGCCUCAUGGCGGCAAUGGUGGCAUCGUCGUGAGCGACGGAAAUGCGGCUGCGGCCGACGCGCUCUCUCACAGCUCGGGCUCACACUCACAGAACUCGAGGCGCAGUCGAAGCUCGUACGACAAGCUGCACUUCCCACGCCAGGACCUGCACACCAUGAUGCUGCUCGGACGCGGUGAGUUCGGCGACGUCUUCCUGGCCAAGGCGAGGAAUAUCACCGAGGGCGAGGCCGAAACAGUAGUGAUGGUCAAGGCACUGCACUCCCGUGACGAGUGGGCGCACGCCGACUUCAAGCGCGAGAUGGACAUGUUCCACAAGCUGAGCCACGAGGGCAUUGCACGCCUACUGGGCGUCUCGCGGGACGUCGAACCAUUCCUGGUCAUCAUGGAGUACACCGACUGGGGUGAUCUCAAGCAGUUCUUGCUGGCCACUCAGAAGGACAGCCAGCGCAAGGGACCCAAGCCACCGCCCCUGAACCAGGCACAGGCCAUCGGUGUCUGCCACCAGGUGGCCCUCGCCAUGGAGCACUUGGCCAACCACCGCUUCACGCACCGGGACCUGGCAGCGCGCAACUGCCUCAUCACCUCGCGGCUCGACAUCAAGGUCAGCUGUCCGGCACUGUGCCGCGACUCGUACGUCGCUGAGUACGCCACGCACCAGAACCGAUCGGUGCCCAUCCGCUGGACGCCCGGCGAGGCGCUGUUCGAGGACGAGUGGUCCACGAAGAGCGACGUGUACUCGUUUGCCGUGCUCGCUUGGGAGGUCUUCACCCAGGGCCUAUUGCCACACGCGGACAAGGACGACGCGACAGUGCUCAGGCUGCUCAAGAGUUCCGAACUUCGCUGGACGGCGCCCGCGAGUGCCCCGAUGCCAUUCGCCGACCUCCUGGACCGCUGCUGGCAGCGGUCGCCACGUGACAGGCCUUCCUUUUCAGAGGUGGCCGUCAGGAUCGGCGAGAUCUUCGUGGACAGCAACGUCUGAAGGCCGCGCGCGACGUUGCUUAGCGUCCUUAUUCGAUAUUCAGGGUCAUUCGAAGCAGUGGGCCUAAUAAUGAAACGAGGGAGUGGGGGGUGUUGGCAGCUAUUUAGAUGGUCACGGUAGGGAUCACGGGGAGCAUCGCUGUGUCACAGCUACCUCCAAGGAAGACCUGUCAGAAUCCGCCUCUUUAAUUUUCCUGUGCUGCCCUCUACCGUUUUGGUAGGGUUCUGGUAGGGGCCGGGACAACCAAUAUCGCCAGAAGGAAAGCUUCCCCGAGAUCAAGAGGCGUUUUGAGACUUUGCUCCUAGGGGAAGAGCACAUGGGCUGUGGCAUCGUGGAAAAGGUAGAUGAGUGCCGUUUUCGCCGGCAACGUCACCUUCUGGAGGCUGUACACAUCAUCCAGUCUUGCCUCACAUCCAUAUUCAUGGUCAUUCAUGUUAGGGGGCGCACUAUUUGGGCCACAUAGUCACGGAUUGCAGUGUGGAUGCGAGCGCUAUUGUAUACAUCUCUGGGGCUACAAGUGCGGCUUUCUUGGUCAAUUCGGCCAAGGUUUUUGUAGCCGCACAAAGUACUUUUGCACGGGAAAGUGGGCAGUUGCCUAGUUUGCCUGCUUUCUUUGUGUGGCCGUAGCAAGUUAUGUGAUGCACUUAUGCAUGAAAAAUGUGGGUACAUCAGUUAUUAACAGUUACCUAAUGUUUGGUUUCAAUUACAGCGAGAAAUGGAGAUUGGUUUAUUCUAAAAAAGAUGUCUCAAGCGUACACAAAGGGCUUCAAGAGUUGUAAUCAGGUCACGAUAGUUAUCAUGUCUUUCUGCUGCCAUAAGAAGUGUCUCAGAUGCAUCAUUUAGUAAGCAAUGCAAUUUUAUAUAAUCUUUUAGUAAACAAGCUACUGCCAUUGCACAUAAGUCAUACGCCAACUGUUUGUGCUGGAUACAAAUGCUGCAUUACGUGUAAGAUCCUAUAACAUUUUUUUUUGUGAGAAUAAGGGUGCCGUGUUAAACAGGAAAUGCACACUAAGAGCAAUUCAGAAACUAGGUGUUAAGCUUACAGCAAACAAAAAUGAAUUGACCAGGAAAUGUACUACAACAUCUUAGCGACUUAUACCGGUGUCACCUGAUCACGAUCAGGGCUGAUGAGGAUCAAGACAAUCGCUAUCUGCAUAUUGAGAUCUGGUUCACAGAUGGCAAUUCUACUGACAUCAGUGCCAAACUUAAUCCAGAUUAGUUUCCACUGUGUAGCGGCAACCACUAUUAAUCACAAUCAAGAAAUCUGGUCCAGAUCAGCGCUGAUCACGAUCAAAAGUGGCCAGAUGACACCAGUAAUAAGAAUGGCCCUUCAAGGUAAUAUUGGCGAGAAAUGAAGCAAACACAUUUAAGCAUCCUUUGUUUAGGUUUUUGCAAUCACACCGCUGUUUUCUACAAAAGCACAGACGUUUUUUUACGCGCUUGUCACAUUUUACAAGUUAUACAACGUCAUUUGUUGUAAACAUUUUUUACACAUAUUUAUGUGAGUACGUCUCGCGUGACAGAGGCUAAGAAACUGCCCGCUAUACAUGCCAUUGAUGUAGGCAAAUGCCAACCCAUAAUAUUCUUUUGACCAACGAACUAUAUUGUCGCAACAACAUUUUACACAAUGUUUUGUACAUCUUUUAUGUCCUUACACGCAUUUUCUAUACACAUUAUUUGUCAAAUGUAGUGAACAGACGCGUUCAAGUGUACAUAUGGAUAUGUACUAUGAUAUUCAUCCAUCGCUUUCUUUCCUGCCUUUGGCAAGUUGUCCAUGUGAAGUCCAACGUUCCUGGGCUAGUCAUGUCUACGCACCACACAUGACAUUAUACAAACUAACGUGGUGCUCCUUUUUUUUUUACACGUGUUGGACGACGCUUUUUUUAAAUGCGACGGAGAGUUAUGCAGUUAUAUGCUCACUGCGCAUGAAGUAUGUCAUAAUUUACAUCGCAAUUGCAUGCAUGAUAUAGAAUGAUCAUGAGUACAUAAUGCUAUAUGCAUGAAGUAUAGUCUUUUCAUGUGAAGCGUGGUGCAUUGCUUCGUAAAUUAAUCUUCAGCCCACAUGACUCUUGGCGAAGCUGCCGACGUCUCAUCCUAUCAGCCGACGUCGUUUACUGCUCACAUGAAAAUCUGCAUAUUUGUAACCACAUCUCGUCAUUGGUGUUAACGCAUCAAUUACAGUCAUCUCAAUGCGACCAUGUACGUCAUACAACGAAUGAUGACUGGGGCACCAGGCUGUGUGUAAGAGAAAGAUAUUUUGUAAUUGAUUUUCUCACAUUCAUGCUUUUUUUUUACAGUAGGAGCUCGUUCGAAAUUUUCGUCUGUAAAAGUGUACCAUGCACUUGAAUUACAGCUUGCGCAUGAAGAUUUAACGAGGCACACUGGUCCAGUGGCAAAGUCGAGUCGAGAUUUUGCCAGAAUGCCUGCUCUAUAAAUUUCUGUCUCUGACUGUGUGUUAUCAACUUGUUAUCGGAUGCUCUGCUAGCUGUAAAUUAUCUGAAAUGACUACUGCAAGUGAUUACUGUGAAUUUAAGCACUUCACUUCAUUGUCGCAAAAUCGUCUGCAUACAGUGUUGUCAUUUUUUAGAAUAUACUGUACUUGUUGAAGCAUCUAAUGACAUCGAAUAGUGUUUGUUCAUACAUGCAUCGGUCUUUGCUACUGUAUUUAUUGUCAGCAACAUAUUCAACACGCACUAUGGAAACAAAUCAUCCGACUUUGUGAGUUCGUCGCUGGACAUUAAAAUAACGCAGAAUGUUUAAAGGCAUUUCAAACACUUCGUUUGUUUUUUCUUGCCUUAACGUCAUUUGAGCAUAACUUUUUCUGCCUGGUAUUGCAUAAAAAUUGUCUUUGCACUCUGAAAAGAAUUUUUCUUUAUAACUCUUUCAUUUUAACAAUAGGUAAUUGCUUGGAGGCAAAUAUUUGUUUAGUUUCCCUCACGUUUGAGCGGUUGUGUUCAGUGUAACAAAACACCAAUUUGACAAGUAAACAUCACAAAACACUGCCUUGAACUCCACUGUCAAUAAAAGAAACACUGUCUUGAAGAAAUGACGUACAUCUCAAACAAUGUUGAGUACAUUUGCAUGUUUUUGAUGAAUGCACACAUUUCAUGCAAAGUUACAUUGCUGUACUUAAGACAAAAUCCUUCGAUAACACAAGAGGACAUGUACAUGUAUCGCUGUGACAACCAUGUGUGAAGAGUUGCUGGCACUGUAAAAUGUUUCUCUUCUUUUUGAUGCAGAAUGCACAAAUUGCUGCAUAUUCCCUGCAGAAUCCACGAAUGGUGUAUUGACGUGGCACCACCCGUGUUAUGUGCAAGACACUUAUCGUGUUUGCUAAAACAUUUAGUAGGACAUUGCAGUGUUAAAAAAUAGUUCUUGUUCUUUGUGAGAGCUUUCUUCCACAUAACUGCACGCUAAGAACAGGUUACGCUCUCUGGGGUGUAUCACCCUUAGCACACAACUAUAUUCAUCUGUCUUGGUUGCCUUUCCUUGCUUUAACACCUCAUUCCCGGUGCACUCUGAAAACUACUGCACCCUUGGAGGUGUUUUCUCACAGCAAUACUUGUAGUGCGACUUACUUGCAUAUUUUUUUCUUGAAUUCUCUGUACUUUCUACUUCAUGCCAGAAGUGGUAUGUCGCACUGGUAGCGUGCACACCAUUCAUGACGAGAAAGUACUGCGCGCACGGCGGUAAAACAAAGAGACAUGAGGUAGCCCGAUGACGAUUAUCGUAGUACGAAGAAAACACGCCCCAAAGGGCGCAAGUGUUUUCAGCGUGUACUUUCGCGAACGGCAUACACACCAUCAGCGUGCCAUGGCAUUCUUGACAGGAAAAUCGAUUGUGCAGUGUUUUCAAGGAAGAAAAUGCUUACAAGCCAGAUUACGAUCAGUGUUGCCUGGCAAAAUACACCCAGAAGGAUGUAUUUUUGUCAAGCAACUCCCCGUUGCCUGACACCCACCUUUUGGAAUCCCUCUGACAAAAAACACCCCAAAGGGUGUGUUUUAUGCCUUUUGUGUGACAAAUACACCUCAUGUCACACCAAUGGGCUAAGCACCUCCAAAUACACCUUAAAGGGAGAGACAACAGAUGCAACCCAAAAGGUGUAGCUGUUUUUGGAAUGCAGAGUUGACGUUUAUGUUACUUGUCUCGUUUGUCCUCUCUUCGUAUAGUAUGCUGCUUUUGUUUAGUAUGUUUCUUCCGAAAACCGCCCUGGCUUGAUGUCAGCCGAUGCGGGAAUCUUUACGCGCCAGUAUUGUAGGCCGUUUCAAUGUGCGGGGCUGUGGACAGAAGGGGUCACUGGCCAACCAAAGCCAUAGCUACCCGAGUAAUGCACGUAGAAAUGAGCGAAAUGAAAUGGAGAGAAAUAUUUAUGCUUGCUACUAACACAGGUGUAUACUUCCUAUUUAAACGAACACCUAAUCUCUGAAUGCUUGCUGCAAUAAAUCGAUAUUGUUGAGAAUGUAUUCUAGAAAUGGCGCCUAGACAUGCAAUCUUGCCUCCUUUUCGUAUUCCACUAAUCAACCGACUGUGUUUUCUGGACUUUUUUUGUUUGUGUGAUGCCUUCCAUAGCACCAUUUUGUUUCACUGAAAACUCUGCUUACCAUGAGCUAUGCAUCAAUGUUUCAGAUAAAGAAGGACAAAAUAGGAAGUCAUUGGCAUUCAGCAAACUGGAGCUUGUUUCAAUAAGAAUCAGUUGUUCUUUUGUACAUAAGUAUAAUCACUUUAAACUCUAUGAACGACUGAUAUAAAAAAAAAUUUGCCAGUCACAAGAGAGCUCUAUUGUGAAGGCCUAUAAAACUGGUCACAUUAAACUAAUUAUAUGAAACACAAAGAUUGUGAUCAAACAGGCAUGCUUUUAUUUGACUUGCUUCCCAUCGCUUGCAAAUAAAUAGAAAUCACUACAACCUCAGAAGUUAUUCACAAAUAAAGCGUAUGGCUGAUUUCUAUGCUAUGUUAAUGGUCAAAUACAGCCAGUAAUCAGCAGGCAACCUUUUAAAGUUAUAGCUUUGUACAUUUUGAACACAUAUAUGGGAGGCAUUGACUGCAAUGAACUGAUAGCCUUGCUCUGUUUCUAUACUGCCAACUCCAUGUACUGGUUUUGUGCUUUUUGCUGCCAUUUUGUCAUUUAAAGUGCUUUAUUGCUAUUAUAUAUAUAGAGAGAGGCAUAAAUAUAAGUACACCUCAUAUAUCUGUGGCUUUCUGUGCUCGUCUCAUGCGUUUUGUGUGAAGCAUCGUCGCCUUGUGCUCAUUCAUGGGUGGACUUUUUUGUUUAAUGUAAUGUAUGCGUGUGUACACAUUAUAAAUGCCAUUAGGUCGCGUGACUGCUUCUGCGUGUGUUGUGUAAAUAAGUGAGCAGUCUUGGAGAAGCUUUUUUUUUUAGAAAAUA